UUUUUUUAAAAGGUUGUUUGGCAGGGCAAGACGGUCGAAUUCGAAUGCAUUGGAAUAAAGGUAACAAACGACGUCGUGCGGUUUCAAUACCUUGUGUGUUUUGAGUCUCUGUGAGAAUUGAGAUGGCGAGCGAGAACGAACCCGCGAAGCUGCUGCUACCAUACCUUCAACGUGCCGAUGAAUUGCAAAAACACGAACCACUCGUCGCUUAUUACUGUCGGUUAUAUGCGAUGGAACGGGGGUUGAAGAUUCCGCAAAAUGAGCGCACAAAGACCACUAAUGCUCUUCUUAUUUCGCUCAUGAAGCAGCUUGAGAAGGAUAAAAAGUCAAUCCAGUUGGGGCCUGAAGACAAUUUGUAUCUCGAGGGAUUUGCUUUGAAUGUGUUUGCAAAGGCAGACAAGCAAGAUCGUGCUGGAAGAGCAGAUUUGAAUACGGCAAAAACAUUUUAUGCUGCCAGCAUCUUUUUUGAGAUUCUUAAUCAAUUUGGACCUGUUGCGCCUGAUCUGGAGCAGAAACAAAAAUAUGCAGCAUGGAAAGCAGCUGAUAUAAGAAAAGCCUUGAAAGAAGGAAGGAAGCCCAUAGCUGGCCCCCCUGAUGGCGAUGAGGACCUGUCAGAUUCAAAACUUAACCUGGACUCGGGCAAUAUUGAAACUAAUGUUUCCAGUCCUAGACCAGAAUCUGAUCCAUCACUUAGUCAUCAUGACCGUGUCAAUUACCAGAAUCGCCCUGCGUCUGAUUUUCAUGAUACUGUUAUCGACCAACAUUCCGGAAACAUUUCACCAUCUACGCAAUUUCAUGAUAAUAACAUGCAUCCUCCUCCACCUCCCCAAGACUAUCAUCCUCCCCCACCUUCCCAAGAUUAUCAUACUCCCCCAUCUUCCCAAGAUUACUAUCCUCCUCCACCUGCCACCAGAUCAGAAAGUCCUUAUUCUCAACCCUACAACCAUCAACAAUACUCAGAAGAGCCCCCACAGCAUUUAAGUCAUAACUACCCUUCUCAUGAAACUUCCUCGUUUUCCUAUCCCCAUUUUCAGUCUUAUCCAAGUUUUACAGAAACCAGCCUUCCAUCAGUCCCAUCAAACUAUACCUAUUAUCAAGGAUCUGAUACUUCAUUUUCUUCUCAAUCGGCUCCGCCAACUACAAGCUAUUCAUCAAGUGCUCAACACAGUUACAGCAGCGGAAAUGUAAAUGGAACUGUCGUGGAACCUAAGGCAACUACUCAGACAUACCAGUACGACAGUAACUACCAGCCAGCACCUGAAAAAAUAGCAGAGGCACACAAGGCUGCAAGAUUUGCUGUUGGGGCUCUGGCAUUUGAUGAUGUCUCUGUUGCAGUAGACUUCUUGAAGAAAUCACUUGAGUUGCUGACAAUUCCUUCAGCUGGGCAGUAAGAUUUUAUGUAAAUCGAAAUGUCGAUUUCAAUGGUGUUUCUACCUAUUAUUUGCAUGUCUUCUUUUGUAUAUUAUAUGCACCAUGCAUUAAAUUGUGAAGAAAUUUGGUGAACAUGACAUGAACGGAAAUCAUAAAACCUGCUGGGGCUGUGAUUUUUCUUGUUUAUCUGGUAGUUAUCGUAAUUCACUUGUUUGUGAAGGGAUUGUUGUAUAUAUAAGAUGUCUGCUUGAUGAA